AUGUAUGCUGUUUCACAAGUUUCCAUGUAUGCUGUUUCACAAGUUCCAAUGUAUGCUGUUUCACAAGUUUCCAUGUAUGCUGUUUCACAAGUUUCCAUGUAUGCUGUUUCACAAGUUUCCAUGUAUGCUGUUUCACAAGUUUCCAUAGUUGAAAAUCCAACACUCUCUCCUUUAUCAGUUAUUCCUACCUCGCCCAUAAAAGAAGAUGACACUCCAUGGUCACAAUUGUCGAAUGGCUUCGCAAAAGCUUGGCACCAACCACCAUCGUCUCCCUCAGAGCUUGGCUCCAACCACCAUCGCCUCCCUCAGAGCUUGGCUCCAACCACCAUCGCCUCCCUCAGAGCUUGGCUCCAACCACCAUCGCCUCCCUCAGAGCUUGGCUCCAACCACCAUCGCCUCCCUCAGAGCUUGGCUCCAACCACCAUCGCCUCCCUCAGAGCUUGGCUCCAACCACCAUCGCCUCCCUCAGAGCUUGGCUCCAACCACCAUCGCCUCCCUCAGAGCUUGGCUCCAACCACCAUCGCCUCCCUCAGAGCUUGGCUCCAACCACCAUCGCCUCCCUCAGAGCUUGGCUCCAACCACCAUCGCCUCCCUCAGAGCUUGGCUCCAACCACCAUCGCCUCCCUCAGAGCUUGGCUCCAACCACCAUCGCCUCCCUCAGAGCUUGGCUCCAACCACCAUCGCCUCCCUCAGAGCUUGGCUCCAACCACCAUCGCCUCCCUCAGAGCUUGGCUCCAACCACCAUCGCCUCCCUCAGAGCUUGGCUCCAACCACCAUCGCCUCCCUCAGAGCUUGGCUCCAACCACCAUCGCCUCCCUCAGAGCUUGGCUCCAACCACCAUCGCCUCCCUCAGAGCUUGGCUCCAACCACCAUCGCCUCCCUCAGAGCUUGGCUCCAACCACCAUCGCCUCCCUCAGAGCUUGGCUCCAACCACCAUCGCCUCCCUCAGAGCUUGGCUCCAACCACCAUCGCCUCCCUCAGAGCUUGGCUCCAACCACCAUCGCCUCCCUCAGAGCUUGGCUCCAACCACCAUCGCCUCCCUCAGAGCUUGGCUCCAACCACCAUCGCCUCCCUCAGAGCUUGGCUCCAACCACCAUCGCCUCCCUCAGAGCUUGGCUCCAACCACCAUCGCCUCCCUCAGAGCUUGGCUCCAACCACCAUCGCCUCCCUCAGAGCUUGGCUCCAACCACCAUCGCCUCCCUCAGAGCUUGGCUCCAACCACCAUCGCCUCCCUCAGAGCUUGGCUCCAACCACCAUCGCCUCCCUCAGAGCUUGGCUCCAACCACCAUCGCCUCCCUCAGAGCUUGGCUCCAACCACCAUCGCCUCCCUCAGAGCUUGGCUCCAACCACCAUCGCCUCCCUCAGAGCUUGGCUCCAACCACCAUCGCCUCCCUCAGAGCUUGGCACCAACCACCAUCGUCUCCCUCAGAGCUUGGCACCAACCACCAUCGUCUCCCUCAGAGCUUGGCACCAACCACCAUCGUCUCCCUCAGUGCUUGGCACCAACCACAAUCGUCUCCCUCAGAGCUUGGCACCAACCACCAUCGCCUCCCUCAGAGCUUGGCUCCAACCACCAUCGUCUCCCUCAGAGAUAUUGGUGUCAUCUCCCUCAACAAAUUAAAACCAUGA